CAACAUGAACGAGCAGCAGGUGUUCACGUCCAACCCCCAGCUGCGGGGGAAACCCUCGUCCGCCGAAGUGAACGUGCAGCAGAUCUUCGCCACGUCUUCCAUGACACGGUUGAAGAAGACUCUCCAAGCCGCUAGGACGAAAGUCGCUUGUAUGAAAAUCGGCAACAACCGGAGCGCUCUGCAGGAGAGCGAAAUCGACUUCUUGGGGAAGCAACUGGUCGAGUGCUGUCUCACGCACAUGCAGGACUCAUACAGGAUUCACUUGAGUCGGGUGAAAGGGUUGCGAAUCCUGCACACGAUGGUGGUGCUGGCCACUGUUGAUCAGAUCGAGACGGAGUUGGCUAUGCAUAUGGUGUGGGCGGCUCUCAGCUGCAUCCACCACUUUUUGUUGAGACUCAAGUCGAAAGGCGGGCUCAUGCAGUGGGUCAGAAGACGCCAGGCGAGAAAGUCCAUCAAGAUCUACGACAAGCUGCUGAAAUUCCUGGCGCCGAAACAAUACUCGCUUAUUUUUACAUCCGUGGUGACUUUCCUGGAAGAGGCCAGUCUCUGGGACAUCGAAUACUUCUGUUCGAACCUUUUACAACGGGUCCUCGUCCAUGGGGAAGACCGGGACAGGCCGGAAUCCAUCAUGGAGAUCAUUAGUUUAGCCGAAACUAAUACGAUCACAAACACGAUCACUUCGCGCCAGAUCCUCAAAGUCUUGUUGGACAUCGGAGAAAUCGAUAAGUGGUCCUGGCUCAACAACAGGCUUCUGGACAGGAUCCUGGAUAUGUACUACGCCAGUAUCACUCCUGAGGAAUCGCACGACUACAACUAUGAGUCUCUGGAGAAGAUCCUAGAGGAGUGUUUGAGCGCUAUGAGUUUCCACCUUUCGGAAAAGCAGCAAGUGUUCGUGAUGAGUUGGAUGUUGGACGCCGUGAUGGAAGAAAGCAUUCCACAUGAUAACAUCAUGAAAUUCGGGAACGUGUUGGAGCACGUCGCCGCCUUAUACACGAGAAAACUGGCCAGGCGACCGCUGUCCGAACACGUGCUACCGGCGGUCCUCAAAGUCAUAUCGUCCAAGAACUUGCUGUUCAGUCUUUUGGGUCAUCGCAUCUUACAGAAUUUGAUCGACAGAUCCAACAACAAGGUUAAGUUCAACACACCGCGGGUGUUCCUGAGGAGUUCGCACUACAACUUGGUCGUAAAUCAGUACAGACACUCCGAUAAGUUGUUGUUUCAGCGGUAUAGAGAGACCAUUCACCAGACGACGAUCGCGUCGGUACUCACUCAUGGAAUUAGCAUGGUCUACAUCGAACACAUCUACCUUUCGAUUGCUCUUUUCCUUGUGGAGAUCCCAUGCGCUUACACGGCUGCAGCCGGCGCUUGCCUCUCCAUGGCCCUCCAGGACGCCGCCCUCAUGAACGGUAGCAUGAGCAUGGAGCACUCUAACCGCAUCCACGCGACAGUCAUCUCCCUCAUGUCCCUCAUUUGUUACAUCCACAAAGCUUGCGUCUUCUACGACUACGUGGAGAAAAUCCUCGACAAGAGGUCAGACUUCGCGCCUCACUUGAACCCGCCCCUGCAGAUCCAAUACCGGUACGCGCGCCACCACUUGCUCUGGAACGAACCCCACAUGUUCUUCGAACCGUGGGAAACCCGCUACGGACUGUGGCGGUGCUUCAGGACCACCAAAGACGUCGUGGUGAUGAUGGUGGAAUAAACCACCUACUUUAAUCGUAUUACGUGUGGAAUAAUAAAAUCAGCAUUAUUAUUA